GUUAUAAAACCGAUCAAAGCCGUACGGAGUUUCCAGGAGGGUGGUCGCGUUACGCUCAGAACUUUCUUAAACAGACGAAAUCCUUUCGACUAAUAUACAUAUAUAUGAUUCGGUUCGCGCAACGGCGAAAGUAGAAAAAAAAUGACGGAACUUCGUGUGAUUUGACAGUGAAGAAACAUUUAAUGGGAAAAGUGCCUCGGUAUCCUGUGGUUAGUAUUCGGGAAUUCUAAGUAUCGCUACAACACCCUGUAGCUCUUUGGUUAAUCGCGUCAUUUUUCGGUGCAUCAGGAUUCGAUUAAUACAUGAUUCUUCGACAAGAUAUCCGGAUUUUGGCCAGCGGACCGACAUUGAUAAUCAGUGAACGGAAGGAAAGCUCGAGGCGUGGAACGCGAAAGGGUGAGAUAGGGGUGAACUGGUGGAGGGUGAGGCUGAAGUGAUGACGGGCGAGGAAGGAAAGUGCGGGGGUGGAACUGGCACUGGUGGGGAUGCCGGUGUUGGAAACACGAACACGAACCUUACCGAUAAUGUGAACAAUAUUAAUGCCAACGUACAUGCGAAUCUUAACGCCAACAUUAAUGUCAGCCAACAGAAUGGAGGACCGGAAAAAGCGCCUGUCGUCGGUGGUACCAAUGUGGAAACGUUACCCCGCGCUGGUAAACAGAGCGAUCCCAGUACGGCGUUUCUCCGUGCGGCUCGUGCAGGGCAGCUGGAAAAGGUUUUGGAAUAUCUGGAAUCGGGAGUGGACAUUAAUGCUUCGAAUGCUAAUGGAUUAAACGCUUUACAUCUGGCAGCUAAAGAUGGUCAUUUGGAAAUCGUCAGAGAACUUCUCAAACGUGGUGCAGUGGUCGAUGCUGCUACCAAAAAGGGAAAUACAGCAUUACAUAUCGCUUCUCUUGCUGGACAAGAGGAGGUGGUACAAUUGCUGGUACAACGAGGUGCUUCUGUGAAUGCACAGUCACAAAAUGGGUUCACACCGUUAUAUAUGGCCGCUCAGGAAAAUCAUGAUUCCGUAGUCAAAUUUCUCCUGAGCAAAGGUGCCAAUCAAACAUUGGCUACCGAGGAUGGUUUCACCCCAUUAGCAGUAGCAAUGCAACAGGGCCACGACAAGGUGGUAGCAGUUCUGUUGGAAAAUGACACUCGUGGUAAAGUUCGAUUGCCCGCUCUCCACAUUGCUGCCAAGAAAGACGAUUGCAAGGCGGCUGCCCUACUUUUACAAAACGAUCAUAAUCCCGAUGUAACAUCGAAGAGCGGUUUCACACCUCUCCAUAUAGCAGCACAUUAUGGUAACGAUCGAAUUGCAUCCUUGCUUUAUGAUAGAGGAGCAGAUGUAAAUUUCGCAGCUAAGCACAAUAUUACGCCGAUGCACGUAGCGGCAAAAUGGGGAAAAAUAAAAAUGGUGAAUCUUUUGAUGAGCAAGGGAGCAAAUAUCGAAGCGAAAACGAGAGACGGCCUUACACCCCUUCAUUGCGCAGCACGAUCUGGCCAUCACGAAGUUGUUGAUAUUUUAAUAGAGAAAGGUGCACCGAUCGGUUCCAAGACGAAGAAUGGUCUUGCACCGUUGCACAUGGCUUCUCAAGGAGAUCACGUUGACGCUGCGAGGAUAUUAUUGUAUCAUCGAGCACCCGUGGAUGAAGUGACGGUAGAUUACUUGACGGCGCUACACGUGGCAGCUCAUUGCGGACACGUACGAGUGGCUAAGCUCUUACUUGAUAGAAAUGCUGAUCCAAACGCACGAGCUCUAAACGGCUUUACUCCACUUCAUAUUGCCUGCAAAAAGAACAGACUGAAGGUCGUUGAGCUCCUCUUAAAGCACAAAGCUAGCAUCGAAGCGACUACAGAGUCUGGAUUGACGCCUCUACAUGUAGCAAGCUUCAUGGGGUGCAUGAACAUAGUGAUUUAUUUACUGCAACAUGCAGCUAGUCCCGAUAUACCGACAGUAAGGGGCGAAACGCCUUUGCAUUUAGCUGCGAGAGCGAAUCAGACUGAUAUUAUCAGGAUACUUCUUAGAAAUGGUGCCCAAGUUGAUGCCAGAGCAAGGGAAGAACAAACACCUCUUCACGUUGCUUCCCGAUUAGGCAACGUUGAUAUCGUAAUGUUAUUGCUUCAACAUGGUGCCGAUGUAGAUGCUACGACUAAAGAUUUGUAUACACCGCUUCAUAUUGCCGCUAAAGAAGGUCAAGAAGAGGUUGCAUCCGUUUUAUUAGAAAACGGCGCAUCGCUUACCGCGACGACCAAAAAAGGAUUCACUCCUUUACAUUUGGCAGCUAAAUAUGGUAAUAUGAAUGUAGCAAGAUUACUAUUACAGAGGAAUGCACCAGUUGAUGCCCAAGGAAAGAAUGGCGUAACUCCACUUCAUGUAGCAUCUCACUACGAUCAUCAAAACGUAGCGUUACUUCUACUUGAUAAGGGUGCAUCACCUCAUGCUAUGGCUAAAAAUGGUCAUACCCCAUUACAUAUUGCAGCACGCAAGAAUCAGAUGGAUAUUGCAACUACUUUAUUGGAAUACGGAGCAAAAGCAAACGCGGAAUCAAAAGCAGGAUUUACGCCGCUACAUUUGAGUGCACAAGAAGGCCAUACCGAUAUGUCAACGCUACUUAUUGAGCACAAAGCAGAUACAAAUCACAAAGCAAAGAAUGGUCUCACGCCGCUUCAUUUGUGCGCACAAGAAGACAAAGUCAAUGUUGCAUCUAUUCUUGUUAAAAAUGGUGCCCAGAUUGAUGCUAAGACAAAGGCUGGUUACACUCCGUUACAUGUGGCAGCUCAUUUUGGUCAAGCAGCUAUGGUACGAUUCCUUUUACGAUCUGAUGCAGCUGUUGACAGCAGUACGAAUGCUGGAUAUACUCCAUUGCAUCAAGCUGCUCAACAAGGUCAUACAUUAGUGAUCAAUUUGUUGCUUGAGGGUAAAGCAAAACCGAAUACAACUACCAAUAAUGGACAAACUGCUUUGGAUAUUGCACAAAAACUUGGUUACAUUAGUGUCAUCGAAACUUUGAAGGUAGUUACAGAAACUGUCAUUACAACGACUCAUACGGUUACUAUUGAAGAAAAAUACAGAGUGCAAGCUCCUGAAUCAAUGCAAGAAACAUUUAUGAGCGAUAGCGAAGAUGAAGGGGGUGGUGAUGAAAUCGGCAUGGCAGCCAUGAAUGUGUACGGGCAGCCUCCACACGCGCAACACGUGUACCUUCCUUCUUACUACCAGGGCCAAAUGACCUAUACCCGUGAAGAUCCGAUGCUCAGCGACCAACAGCAAUAUCGAUACAUGACUGUUGACGACAUGAAAUCUAUGGGGGAUGACUCGAUGCGUGUCAACGUGACAGACGACGAGAGGGAUAAUCGGCAUUCCGGAGCACCCACGAUAACCGAGAUGAUCACGAAGGAAACUUGUCAGCGUACAAAUGCAGCCAAUCUGAAACCGGACAAUGUUGAUAUCAAUAGGCACCCAGUACACGUCGGACCGUCCCUAGAGUCCUUAAACACAUCGCUGGCAGCUCUUGGUACCAUGUCGAAAGGACAAGGAAUGUGGAGGGACAGCUUCCUGGUUUCGUUUCUGGUGGAUGCACGAGGCGGUGCGAUGCGCGGCUGCAGGCACAGUGGUGUACGCGUGAUCGUUCCUCCUAGGAAAGCAGCGAUGCCUAUGCGCGUCACGUGCAGAUACCUGAGAAGGGACAAAUUGACGAACCCGCCGCCUUUGAUGGAAGGGGAGGCUCUUGCGAGUCGUAUCCUGGAGCUAGGACCCGUGGGCGCCAAAUUUUUAGGACCCGUGAUCAUAGAAGUACCACACUUUGCUUCGUUGCGAGGAAAAGAACGAGAGAUAGUUAUACUCCGAUCAGAUAAUGGAGAGACUUGGCGCGAGCACACCUUGGAAGCCAGCGAGGAGGCCGUCCAAGAUGUGCUUAAUGAGAGCUUUGAAGGAGAAGAAUUAAGCCAGCUCGAGGAUCUCCAAACAUCUCGGAUCGUGAGGAUACUUACCGCGGACUUUCCACAUUACUUCGCAGUAGUGUCCCGUAUCAGGCAAGAGGUUCACGCAGUUGGUCCAGAAGGUGGUACCGUUUCUUCGUCAGCCGUACCUCAAGUCCAGGCCGUAUUCCCGCCGGCAGCACUUACUAAAAAGAUCAGAGUUGGCCUCCAGGCGCAUCCAAUACCGGCAGAUCUUGUCGCCAAGCUGCUCGGUAACAGAGUGGCUGUAUCACCGAUCGUCACCGUCGAGCCGAGACGAAGAAAAUUCCACAAACCGAUAACCUUAACCAUACCCGUGCCUCAAGCAGCCAAUAAAGGCAUGAUCAAUCAAUAUUCAGGAGAUGCGCCGACGCUGAGACUUCUGUGCAGCAUAACUGGGGGUCAGUCUCGGGCAGUCUGGGAGGAUGUCACCGGUUCGACGCCAUUGACGUUUGUGAAAGAUUGCGUUUCCUUUACUACCACGGUAUCCGCUCGCUUCUGGUUAAUGGAUUGUCGGAAUAUAUCCGAAGCCACGAAAAUGGCUACGGAGCUAUACACACACGCGACACACGUACCUUUUAUGGCUAAAUUUGUAGUAUUUGCAAAGCGAGUAGAUCCACUGGAGGCAAGGUUGCGCGUAUUUUGUAUGACCGACGAUAAAGAGGACAAAACCUUGGAAAAUCAAGAACACUUCACGGAAGUGGCGAAGAGCCGAGACGUGGAGGUGUUGGAGGGGAAAACGCAAUACAUGGAAUUUUCGGGUAACCUCGUGCCGGUAUUGAAGAGCGGCGAACAGCUUCAAUUGCCUUUCAGAGCUUUCAAGGAGAACAGAGUGCCGUUCACGGCGAGAAUAAAGGAUCCGGACGCGGCCGACAUGAUGGGUCGCAUAAUGUUCAUGAGCGAGCCAAAGGUUCCUAAAGGCGAAUUACCCCAGACCCCUAUAUGCACGUUGAACAUUCUGUUGCCGGAGAAAAUCUCACCGGAGCCUGCCGUCUCCGAGGUCGAUUUAUUAGAGCUCUCGAAGAAUUAUAGCUUCCUACGCGACGGCGGGAUAAGUCGUCCAGACGCCAUUCACAGAGCUACCAUUCGAUUGACCGAUAUUGCAAAUUUGUUGGACAAAGAUUGGGAGAAACUCGCCGAGGAAUUGAACGUGCCGCCGAACGAAGUGUCGACGAUCAAACAAGAGUACGCCAACAAACCGGCCCAACAAGCUGCAGCGAUGCUGAAAGUUUGGCAGAGCAAUGGAAAUAAAGCGACAGGAAAUACUUUGGAGAAAGCGUUAAACAAAAUUGGCCGCGAUGACAUCGUGAAAAAAUGUAUAUUCAACGUUGAAUUGAUUACCGAUGACGUGGAGAAAGCUGUCGCGAGAGUUCGAUUGGAUCAACCUGGAUUUGAUUCUUUGAAAGAAGAAUUGGGUCCUUCGAGGGACACCUCUCUUCGCCGCGAUGCAACGAUGGAUCCAAAGAUGAAUCCUGAUUACGAUGACUUUAAUAAGAGCAAGGAGUCGGAGUCUAUGGAAGAACUCGAUAUAAGCGGCACUAAACGAGAUAAAUCGAAACAGCAUGUCACGAUCACAAACGGCACUGUAUUCAACGGAACCUCGACCCCUAUCAAAGAUAAAUACGCAAGCGAGGAGAAAGAACUGGGGGAUGUAAUGGCCGAUUUUCUCGAGCACAAAUGUCACGUUAGCGAUACGAUGAGCAAAAAGUUGCGCGAUGAACUUGACGACAAAGAUAAAAAACGACAGAGGGUGAUCGCAGACGCCAACAAAAUAGUAUCCGGUGUAAUAGCAGACGCAGAGAAAGCGAAGGGGAAGUUAGCUAAGGAAGGGUGGUCGGUGGUUUAUGAUGAUGAUGAUGAUGAUGAUGAUGAUGAUGAUGAUCAUACGCGAGACAAUAAAGAGGCAAGAGGUGCUAUAGUCGAAAGUUUUGUUAGGGAACAGUUGGUUAAGAAUAAGCCUAAGGAUAAGAUCCUUAUAGGCGAGGAGACGAUUACGAUCGAUCGAACGCCAAUCGUCGAGCCGACGAUAGUUAAGCAGCGUGUCGUUCGCGAUGGGAAGGGAGACUCUAAUGCGAGGAUAGUCACAUCGAAAACUAUAGUUUCGGUGAUCGAGAGCGAUAAUAAGGGUAGUCGGGAAGAAGAGACGAUCACGGUGAAAGAGAUCGAUCGAACGCCCGUGGCCGCCACGGACGCGGCGACGAUCCCCAACGGUAAACAAAGAGUGAUAAGCAAGAAGGAGAUGAUGUCGAGGGAAGGUAAGGAAAUCGACGAGAAAUCGGUACCCGCUGGUAUCGCGUCGAAGAAAGAAGAGGACGCGAGGAAGGGCAAGGAAGUUGAUCGGAGGAGCCCCGAACAACCGAAAGAGACGGUUCCCAAAGUGAACAUUCCAAAGGAGGGGAGAGUCACGAGUGACAAGCAGGUGUCCGCUUACGAGAGCGUUUACAGCGUGCAAUAUCCAUCGACGGACGAGAAGCAAGAGGACGAGUCGAAGAAGUCGAAGGACAAGAGCGGGGGCAUAUUGUCCGGGAUCUUUAAGGGAUCUAAACUUAAGAAGAGCAAAUCGAAAGGAUCGAAGGAUGCGUCUUUCGACAGCGGCGACGAGGACUCGAAAGUGGGCGAGAAUAAGGAGGCUAGAGAGCAUCAAACGAAACCGUCUACUUUCGUCGCGUACGACGCGUACGUGGACUUGAAACCUGCCGAGCAAACCGCAACCGACAUUAAAUUGGCCACGAUGCAAUUCUUGGACGAAUCGAGACGCCUCGCUUCGGAGGUGCACGCGCUCGACAGUGGAUUGAUCGCCUCGACUCGAGUCGAGGAUAAGGAAGAAGGGAGGGAAGCGAUCAAGGACGGCCACGCGGUCGAAGCCAGCGAUCAGGAGAGGGAGAAAGGUGGUGGUUUCUUCGGUAUGUUCAAGAGUCCAAAGUCGAAGGAGAAGAGAACGAAGAAGAGCAAGGAGUCGUCGUUGGACAGUGGCGACGAGGAGGGAGUUCGAGUCGCCGAAACAGCGACCGUUGUUCCCUCCCCCGCAAUCGACGGGAAACAGGACCUGUACACGUUCACCUCGCAGGUUCGUUACAACGAGGACACGCCGAAGGACAGAUUGAACGGGCAUUCCUACGAUGUCUCGGAGAUUCGUAGGAAAGGGGAGGCGGAGAAUAUCGGGCCGCGCAAAGAAGCUAAUGGAAAACCGGACGCGGGAAGGAAGCGGGACAAAGAGCGGAAGGAGGUUGGAAGUUUAGAAAGGCAGGGCGAUAAAAAGUCGGACUCCCCGGAGAAAAGAGUGGCGGGUGAGAAGGAAGAGGAGGAGGAGGGUAAGGAGAGGGGUGGCGGAUUCUUCGGCAUGUUCAAGAGUCCGAAGCUGAAGAGCAAGAAGAGGAGUUCGUCGAGGGAGAAGAGCUCUUCGAAGGAAGCGUCGUUGGACAGCGGGGACGAGGAGACGCGGCAAUUGACGGCAGAAUUUUUGGAGGAUACGAGGAAAGUGGCGGAGAGCAUGCACCGCGAAGGCUCGAGGCAAAUCGGCGAGAGGAUGCCACCGGCCGACGGGACGCCGGCCACCAUCGAGGCGUCCACGGAGGACAAGGACAGAGGAGGGAUCUUCGGGAAAUUCAAGAGCCCGAAAUUGACGAGAGCGUCGCGAAGCAGGUCGCGAGAGAAGAGCGGGCCGCCGCAAGAGGCGGCGAGUCCUUCUUCCGACGCCUCGACCCGUGACGCGAGCGCGAAAUUCUUGGAGGACACGAGGAACGUUGUUGCGAGCGCGGCGUUGGACGCGAAGGAGAAAGCGGCGGACGCGACGACGGAAGCGACGGAUGCGAUCGCGAAUGGGGCCGAGGCGGCGAGGGACAGAGCCUCGAAGGAAGCUAAAAAGGUGAAAGAGAAGAGCGGCGGCUUCCUGUCCGGAUUGUUCAAGGGGGCGAAGCACGCCGCGGACGAGGCUUCGGAGGAGGUUAAGGAGGCGGUGGAAGGGAAAUCGAAAGAGGCGGACGCUGCGAAGGACAAGGUGAUUGCCGUUCUGAAGGAUAGCAAAGACGCGAUCGGUGGAAAGGUGGAGGACGCAGCGAAACGGGUGGAACAGAAAGUGGAGGACGCGGCUGACGGCGCGAAAAUUGGAAGGGACGAAACGUUGGAGAUAGCGAAAGACGUUAAAGAUAUCGCGGUGACAGGCGCGAACGGCAUCGAGGAUAAAAUUGGAGAGAAGCUAGGCGAGGGUGCGCAGAAGGUGGCCGAUACCGGGAGAGCAGUCACGGAUAAAGUAACCGAGGCGAUAAAGGACGUGGAGUCGGGCGGGCGAAGCGCGGGCGAGGGCGUGAAAGCGACUAAGGACAAGGUAGCUAGAGAGGUUAAGGAGGACGUCGAACUGGCCAGACAGAAGACACCUUAUGGAGUAGACUCGGCGGCAGAUGGCGCGAAGGAGAGGGCCGCGAAGGAAGGCAAAAAGGGGAAGGAAAAGGGCGGCGGAUUCCUCUCGGGGCUGUUCAGAAGCGCGAAACACGCGGCGGACGAAGUUUCCCAAGAUGUGAGAGAAUUCGUGGAGGAAACGAGGAAGGAGGCUGGCGAGGAGGAGGCCCGCGCUCGCGAGGCAGCGGCGGAAAAGUCGAAGGAAUUGGACGAAGCUGUUAAAGAGAAGGUGGGAGCCGUCGUGAAAGACGGGAAGGAAUGGGGCACGGCGAAAGUAUCGGACGUUGAGAAAGCUGUUGGCGAGAGGGCGAGCGAGGUGGAGGAAAGGGUGGACGCUGCGGUUCGUGAAGUGGCCGGGGCCAAGGACGAAGCGGUUGCGAGCGCAAAGGACGUCGGCGAUAAAAUCGCGGAGGGGGCGAAGGACGCCGAGGCGAGAGUGGAAGCAGCCGCGCGAGGCGCGAGCGACGGCGUUAAGGCGGCGAAGGAUAAGGUGUCCAAGGAGAUGAGAGAAGACGGCGAAGCGGUGAAGCAGAAGAUGGCGUCUGGGAUAGACUCGGGCGUGGAUGGCGCGGCAGCGGCGAGAGACAGGGCUGCGAAGGAGGCGAGGAAAGCUAAGGAAAAGGCCGGCGGUUUCUUGUCCGGAUUGUUCAAGGGUGCGAAGCACGGCGCGGAUGAAGUUUCCGAGGACGCGAAAGAAUUGGUCGAGGAAACGAGAAAGGAAGCGGUCGAAGAGGAGGGUCGGGCUCGUGACCAGGCGGCAGGCAAGGUUAAAGUCGUCGUGAUUGACGUUGAGGACAAGAUCGGCGAAAGGGUAUCGGAUACCGCGGAAAAAGUUGGAGAUGCGGGCAAAGCUGUGGUCGAAAAGGCGAUACCGGACGAGAGCGUGGAACAACGCGUGACAAUCGAUGGCUCGAGGGUAGACAAGAUAGCGGCGGCGGAUAUAAAAGCCGUCGAAAGCGAAGCUGCAUCCGUCGCAAAGGACGCGAAAGACAAGAUCUCCGACGGUGGUCGGACGGCGCCGGUUGGAAAAGCGGUUGGAGAGAAGAUCGCGGAUGGCGCGGAGAGGAUGAGAGACGCGGCGCAAGCGGGCGUGCGUGAGGCGGCGGACGCGGCGAAGGCAGGAAAGGAGAAGGUGGCGAAGGAGAUUCGAGACGACGCGGAUGCCGCGAAACGGAAAAUCUCGUCCGGAAUAGGGGCGGCGGUGGACGGGGCGAGUGGAGCGAAGGACAAGGCGGCGAAAGAGGCGAAGAGAGCUAAGGAGAAGGCGGGCGGCUUUCUCUCGGGGCUGUUCAAGGGCGUGAAGUCCGCCGCGGACGAAGUUUCGGACGACGUGAAAGAAUUCCUCGAGGAGACGAGGAGGGAAGCGUCGGAAGAGAAGGGCCGUGUGCGAGAUGCGGUCGACGAGAAGUCGAAGGAAGCGAGAGCGGCCAAGGACGAGGUUGAGGAUGGAGCGGCGGCCGCUGCCAAAGACGCUGAAGACGCGUUGUCCGCGAAGGGGAAGGUUGAGAGGAUGGCCGAUGGGGUGAAGCGGAUGGAGGAAAAGACGGAGAGCGUCGCUGGAGCGGCGAUCGACGGAGCGAGAGUCGAAGUCGGCGCGGAGAAGGACGCCGUGGAAAAAGCAAUUGUCGCAAAAGAGGCGAAGGCGGCCGAGGGUGUGGACGCGGUCGUGGACGGUGCCGUGGCUGCUAAGGAGAAAGCCUCGAAAGAGGCCAAGAAAGGUAAAGAGAAGGCGGGUGGCUUCCUCUCGGGACUCUUCAAAAGCGCGAAACACGCGGCGGACGAAGUCUCCGAGGAGGCGAGAGAUUUGGUCGACGAGACGAGGAAGGAAGCGGGUGCAGCGAGAGAGAGAGCGGUGGCGGACGCGAAAGACGCGAAGGAGAAAGUUGCGAGCGCCGCGAGAGACGCGAGAGACAAAGUCGGGGAAAUAGCGGCGGAAAGCGGGCGGAAGGUGUCCGACGUCGGGAAAUCUGCGAUCGAGAAAGCGGAGGAGGGAGCGAAACGAAGAGCGGACGCCGUCGCGAAAGACGCGAGAGCGGCGAAGGAUAAAGCGGUCGCCGAUACUUUGGACGCCAAGGAUAAAAUAGCGGCGACGGUGAAGGAGGCGAGGGACGAGAUCGGCGAGAAGGUGGUCGAAAGCGCUGGAAAGGUGUCGGACGCUGGAAAAGCCGUGGGAGAGCAGUUAACGGAUGGCGCGAAGAGAGCCAUGGACAAAGCCGGAGAGAUCGUCCACGGUGCGAGUAGCGGAGUCGAGGCGACGAAGGAGAAACUGGCGCGGGAGAUUAGGGAGGAUGCCGAGGCCGCGAAACGGAAGGUGUCGUCCGGCGUGGAUGCCGUCGCGGAUGGCGGCGCUGCGGCGAGGGACAAGAUCGAGAAGGAGGCGAAAAGGGCGAAGGAGAAGGGGAGCGGUUUCCUUUCCGGUUUGUUCAAGGGAACGAAACACGCGGCGGACGACAUUUCCGACGAGGUGAAAGAAUUUCUGGAAGAGGCAAAGAGAGAAUCGUCGGAGGAGAAGGCGCGCGUUUACGAGGCGAUGGAGAAGAGGAUAGAGGACGCGGCCGCGGCGAGGGACGAAGCGAUUAUCGAAGCGAAGGAAACGAAGAAUAAAAUUGCGAGUUCCGCGAGGGACGCGAAGGCUAAGGUCGGGGCGAAAAUUUCGGACGCGGUGGAAAAAGCGUCGGAUGUUGUCGGCGAAAAGUUGGAAGACGGGGUGAAACGGGGCGGAGAAAGGAUAGAAUCUACGGCUCGAGAAGCGGUUACGGACGCGAAGGAUGCGAAGGAGAGACUCGGCGAGAAAGUGAUGGAAGUUGGCAAGAAGGUGGAAGAAGGGAUCGCGAGCGGCGUGAAGGCGGUUGGCGACGAAGCGAGAGCGGCGAAAGACAGAGUGGAGAAAGAGGCGAAGGAGGAUAUCGCCGCCGCGAGGCAAAAGAUGUCAUCGGGCGUGGAUGCGGCGAUGGAGAGCGCGGACGCGGCUAAGGAAAAGAUUACGAGGGAAGCGAAGAAGGGGAAAGAGAAGGGCGGAGGUUUCCUCUCGGGCCUGUUCAGAGGCGCGAAACACGCCGCGGAGGAGGUCUCGGAAGGGGUGGAAGAUUUGGUGGACGAAACGAAGAGGGUAGCGAACGAAGAGGAGGCUCGUGCUCGGCAGGCGGUGGAAAAAGCUGGCAAGGACGUCGAGGCGGCGAAGGAGAAAGCAGUUGCGGAGGCGAAAAGCGCGAGAGAUAAGACAGCGGCCUCGAUGAAACACGUCAGGGACAAGGUGAGCGAGAAAGUGUCCGAAGGUGCGAGCACGUUAGCGGAGGUUGGCAAGACGGUUGUCGAUGAAACGACGGACGCGACGAAACGAGGCGAAGCUGUCGUUCGAGAAGCGGCCGACGGCGUUGAAGCAACGAAGGAGAGAUUAGCCGCGGACGCGAAGGAGGCGAAGGACAAACUCGCGGAUAAAGCGGCGGACGCUGUGCGAGCGAUUGGGGAGAAAGUUAAAGGCGAGGCGGAGGAGGGUGGACGAGGAUCGAGCGAUGGAGCGAAAGCGACGAAAGAGAGAGCGAGCGGAGAGGACGUCGAUGGCGCGAUAUCGGCGAAGGAGAGAGCCGGCAAGGAGGGCCGAAGGGCUAAGGAGAAAGGUGGCGGCUUCCUCUCGGGACUGUUCAAAGCCGCGAAACAGUCGGCGGAGGAGAUUUCGGACGAUGCGAGGGAUUUCCUCGAGGAGGCGAGGAGGGAGGCGUCGGAAGAGAGCGGCCGUCUGCGCGACGCGGCCGACGAGAGGUGGAAGGGCGCGAAAGCGGCCAAGGACGAGGCGAUCGGCGACGUGGAGGACGCGAAAGAUAAAGUCGUGAAACGCGCCGAGGACGCGGUCGCUGGGAAGGUGUCCGACGUCGGAAAGGGCGUCGGCGAAAUAACGGAAACGGGGAUUCGAGAAGUGGGCGACAGUGCCAAAGCGACCAAGGACAAAAUCGGCGCGGAGCUCGAGCGCGUUGAGGCUGAAGCGGCGACAGCCGCCAAGGACGCGAUAGGAACGAUCGGCGAGAAAGCGCGCGAAAGCGGUAAAGCUGUGAUGGAGGAUGCGAAGAGGGCUGAGGAUAAAGUGGCGAGGGAAAUGGAAGCUGGAAAAGAGGGAAUUUCUUCGGAGAUGGAUGGAGCUGCGGAGAGUGCAGCGGCGGCGAAGGACAAACUGGCGAAGGAGGCUAAGAAAGGGAAGGAAAAGGGCAGCGGAUUUCUUUCUGGAUUGUUGAAGAGCGUGAAACAGGCGGCAGAUGAGGUAUCGGAAGACGUGAGGGAAUUCGUGGGCGAGAGGAAGAGAGAGGCCGUUGAGGAAGAGGCGCGCGCUCGGGAAGCUGCGUCCGGAAAACUCAAGGAUCUCGGUGCAGCGAGGGACAAAGCGGUCGGCCACGCGAAAGAGGCGAGAGAUAAAGUUAGGGACGCGGCGAAGGAUGGGAAGGAGAGAGUGGAGGAGAAAGCGUGCGAUAUCGCGCGACGAGUGACGGAUGCUGGCGGAAAAGUUUCGAGCGUUGCGAAGGAUGCCGAGGCGAAAACGGAGGCGGCUGUGAGUGACUUGGCGGAGACGAGCAGGGACGAGGUGAAAGACGCGAAGGAUAGAGGCGCGUCUCUGGUGAAGGGCGCCGAAGAGAGGAUAGACGAGGCUGUGUCCGACGCCGCGCGAAAGGUGACAGAUGCCGGGAAAGCGGUUGGAGAAAGGAUCGCAGACGGCGCGAGGAAGGUGGAGGACGGAGCGGAAAAGAUAUCCGGUGCUGGCAAAGCGGCGAAGGACGCGGUGAUGAAAGAAAUAAAGGACGACGCCGAAGCGGCGAAGGAGAAAGCGUCGGCGGCGGUAGACGCGAUCACGGACGGGGCAGCGUCCGCCAAGGACAAGGCUGGGAGGGAAGCUAAGAAAGCGAAAGAGAAGAGCGUGGGCUUCCUUUCGGGGCUGUUCAAGGGAGCGAAGCACGCGGCGGACGAAGCGUCGGGGGAAUUCCUCGAAGAGACGAGGAGGGAAGCGACGGAGGUGGAAGAGAAGGUGGACGGAGCCGUGGCGGACGCGAAAGGAAAAAUUGUGGGAAUCGUGGAGGACGCCGGUAGGGCUGUCGGCGAAAAAAUCGUGGACGGCGCGAGGCGCGUGCAGGCGAAGACGGAAGCGGCGACGGAUGCCGUCGAAUCCGCAAAGGACAAAUUAGUUUCGGAUACGAGGGACGUUGGAGAGAGGAUCGAAUCUGCGGCGAGAGACGGCAAAGAUCGAAUCGGCGAAAAAGUGAAAAUGGCCGAGGACGAAACGGUGGCCGUCGCUCGGGAUAUAGCCGGCGCUGCCAAAACGGCAAAGGACGAAGCUGCGAAGGAGGCGAAGGAGGACGUUGACGUGGCGAAGGGAAAAGUGUCGUCCGGCGUGGAAUCGGUGGUGGACGGCGCGUCGAGUACGAAGGAAACGAUCUCGAAGGAAGCGAAGAAGGCCAAAGAGAAGGGCAGCGGUUUCCUUUCCGGUCUGUUCAAAGGUGUGAAACACGCGGCGGACGAAAUUUCGGAAGACGGGAAGCACUUGGUCGACGAAGCGAGGAAAGAAACUGCGGAAGCGGGCGAGAAAUUAGGAAAGGGCGUCGACAAGGGAAUCGCAAUUGCGAAAGACGUCAAGGAUAAAGUUAGCGACAAGGUGUCGGAAGGUGUGCGAAAGGCGUCCGACGUCGGUAAAGCUGUUGGCGAAAAAGCGACGGAUGGCGCGAGAGAAAUUGGCACGGGGGUGGAGGCCGGUGCGAGACGAGUGGGAGACGCUGCGAAAGCGACGAAAGAUAAAGCGGUGGCUGGUGUGAAGGAUCGCAAGGACGAAGCGAUCGCCUCUGCGAGGGAUGCCAGGGACAAAGUCGCGGAGAGAGUAGCGGAGGGUGGCGAAGCGGUUGGGGAAAAAGUCGCGGCUGGCGCCGAGAGAGUGGAAGCGGCCGUUCGAAAAGCGGCGGACGAGGCGAAAGGGAUGAAGGAAAAAGUAUGUGAAGAAAUUGGAGACGAUGUCGAAACUGUGAGGCGGGAAGUUUCCGCGGGGGCAGGUGCACUAGUCGAGGGUGCAACUUCUGCGAAGGAUAAGGCGACGAAGGAGGCUAAGAAGGCUAAGGAAAAGAGUAGCGGCUUCCUUACAGGCUUGUUCAAGGGCGCGAAACAGGCGGCCGACGACGUUUCCGACGAGGUGAAAGAGUUUCUGGACGUGACCAGGAGAGAGACAGCGGAGGAAGAAGCUCGCGCCCGCGAGGCGAGGGACAAGGCAGCUGCGGAGGCGAGAGACGCCGAGAAAGCAGCAGGCGAAAAAGUAUCGGACGUUGGCAAAGUGGUUGGCGAGGGGCUGAAACGAGUCGAACAGCGGACAGACGCUGCGAUUCGUGACACGGCCGAUAGCGCGAAAGCGGCAAAAGAUAAAUUAAUAACGACGGACGCCAAGGUGGAUAAAGCUGCAUCUGUCGCGAGAGACGCGAAGGACAAGGUUAAGGAGAAGGGGAGCGAAGGUGGAGAGAAAGUAGCGGUGGACAGCGCGAAGAAAGUGGAGGAGGAAAAUAUAGGCGAUGGUGCGAAAGCGGCGAGGGAGGAGAAGGAGAAAGUGGGAACGGAGAUUAAGAAGGAUGUGGACACGGACGCUGCGUCAUCGGCGAAAGAUAAAGUGGCGAGGGACGCUAGAAAAGGGAAGGAAAAGGGCAGCGGUUUCUUUUCCGGAUUAUUAAAGAGCGCGAAGCAUGCCGUGGACGAAGUGUCGGAGGAGGUGAAGGAGUUCGUCGACGAAACGAAGAAAGAGGCCACGAAGGAGGAGGCGCGGGCGCGCGAGGCGUUGGCGAGGAAAGCGGAUGCGGCGAAGGACAAGGCCGCUGCUGACUGGAACGAUACGAAAGAUAAGGCGAGGGCAAGCGUGAAAGACGCGACGGACGCAGUCGGAGGAAAAAUAACCGAGGGGGUGCAAAAGGUAUCGGACACUGGGAAAAUUGUGAGCGGAAGAAUCGUAGAAGGAGCGAAAGGGGUGGAGGCAAAAACCGAAGCAAUUGCUCGAGAUGCCGUUGAAGCAAUUGAAGGUAAAGCUGCCAAGGACAAAGCAGUCUCCGACGCGAAGGUCGUUAAGGAGGCGAUCGCAACAUCCGCCAAGGAUGCUAAAGCCGGUAUCGGUGAGAAAAUAUCCGAAGGCGUGGAGAAAGUGUCGGACGCUGGUUCGUUUAUAUCCGCUAAAUUGGUGGAUGGAGCGAAGCGAAUUGGCGGUGGAGAAACGGAAUCGGUCGCAAGAGCGACGAAGGACACUUUAUCGGAGGAAAUUAAAGGCGGCGCCGCUGCUGCGAGGGAGAAAGCGAUUUCUUCCGGGGUCGCGGAUGGUGGCGGCGAGGCGAGAGACAAAGCCUCGAAGGAAGGCAAAAAGGGGAAGGAAAAGAGUGGAGGUUUUCUGUCCGGAUUGAUCAAAGGCGUGAAACAUGCGGCGGACGAGGUUUCGGGCGAGGUUAAGGAAUUCUUCGACGAGACGAAGAAGGAAGCUGUCGAGGAGGAGGCGCGCGCUCGCCGAGCGUUAGCCGCUAAAGCGAAAGAGGCGGACGCGGUUAAAGAGGAGAUCGCGACUGGCGCGAAAGACGCCAAAGAGAAGAUCGGUGAGAAAGUAAGCGGUGGUGUGCAAAAGGUGUCGGAUAAAGUGGUGGACGGAGCGAAGAUCGUGGAAAUAAAAACGGAAACUCGAGCGCGAGAAGUCGCCGAGUACGUUGAAGCGACGAGGGACAGAGUGGUCGCGGAUGCGAAAGAUGGGGGAGAGAAAGUUGCAACUGCGGCGAAGGAUGCGAAGGAGAAGAUCGGUGAAAAGGUGUCGGGUACCGCGCACACGGUAUCGGAAGUUGGAAAAGCUGUAGGCGCUAAAAUUACCGAUGGAAUAAAGAAAACGGAAGCAAAAGUGGAAACAAUCGGCCAGCACGUGAGCGAUGGGGCGAAAGCGACGAGGGAUAAAUUGGUGAAGGAGACGAAGGAAGACAGCUCGAUCGCGAAAGAGAAAAUCUCCUCUGGAGUGGAUGCCGCGAUGGAUGGCGCGAAAGCAGCCAAGGAUAAAGCUUGGAAGGAGGGUAAGAAGGCGAAGGAGAAAGGCGGCGGUUUCUUGUCCGGUUUGAUCAAAAGCGCGAAACACGCCGCCGAUGAAAUUUCCGGGGAUGUUAAAGAUUUCGUGGACGAGACGAAGAAAGAGGCAAUCGAGGAAGAGGCUCGCGGCCGCGUGGCAGCGUCCGAAAAAUCGAAACAAGUUGAGAUUGCCGUGGAUAAAGUUGGCCUCGCGGAAAGUGGGAAAAGUGGGAGAGGCAAGGUUAAAAGUGCGCAGAGAGUAUCGGACAAAGGUGGCAGCGAGAGAGACACCGGAAGAAUUUUUGGAGAGAAAUUAUCGAAUCAAGUAGGGCAGAGAUUCAUCGCGGUUAGUAGCGACCCUAAAAGCGCCGUGGCCGAGUUUCUGGAAGAAAUGAAACGCGACUCCGCGUGGGACAAGGUGCACUUCCAACACGAGCCGGACGUCCAUUUGUACGAAAACGUGGACACGAUGUUCGUGAAAGAGAGGAAAGAGGAGGGUGAAUCGAGAGAGGGUGGAACGGGGAAACACGAGAAAGAAUCAAAAAAAUCGGCGACGAAAGUUGCUUGUUCGGUUUUCGAUACGCACGAUCCACUUUCUGAGCUAGAUUCCGAGGCACGGAUCAGGCUGUCCGAAAGAGGGAUCGAGGACAGCGAUGGUGGCGGGGAAUCGAUGUUCAAGAAAGUAUCUCGCAUUCCACAAAGAGUUAGUUCCUCGACGGAACGGGUUAGCCCUAGUAGUUCGUCGGAUAGUAGUAGUUCGACGGUUAGGAUAUUAAAUGUAUUUAGAAACGUAGAGCACCUCGAGCCUCGCACACGACAAACCGUCACCACAGUCGUAACAAAGUCUGUGCGGACGGCAGCGACCCCACCACCCAGUCCCGCCGAGUACACUGACAGUAGAAUUGAAGACGUAACCGAAGAGGCGACAAGACGAGCUCAGGAUCUAGCCGAUCAAGCACAAUCAUUGGCGAAAUCAGGGCAUGAUUCGGCUGAGAUUGAUGGGACUCGUGUAGAGAGGCAUGCUACUUCUGCUCCAACAAAGCAACCUGUUCCCGCCCCGCGACACUCUACCAGGUCGUCCAUCAAAACAGACUUUCAUCUAGACUUGGCAGAUACCCCGUACACGCCGUACAGUCCGAAAACUAGCAAGACGAGGGACGAGCAAUCGAGACAGGGACACCAUUUUUCCCCGGAUAAAAACAGUCCGACAAGUAAGAUACCGGUGAGAGUAAAGAAAUUUAUGGAGAACGGGAGGGCGAGCAAAAUCGAGUUUGACGAUCAUCAACGAUCGGAUUUUGCCACGACGAGGGAGAACGGCGACGACGACGAGUCGCUCGGCGAGAAAGAGGCGCGGCAACCCGAGGAGGACAAGGAGAGAAGCGACUCCUCCCUGAAAUCCGAACCGUCGAACGAGACCCACGAGACGACAACCAUAAUUGAGGAGACGUGCUGUUCCGCGCUGCCCAUUGACGAGCACGAGCUCGCGACAAACGAGGCCGCUCUCUCGAAGAGAACGGAAAUCGUGAUCAAAGAGGAAACGAGGGAUCGUCCGUCGUUCGUGGACGAAUCGACGAGAGAGAUCUCGAGCCGCGUGGAGAAUUGGCCGAUCGAUUCUUCCAAACUCGGCGAGAGAGGGAAGACGAGAGAGGAGGUGGUGAGAACGGUGGUGACGACUGUACGGUGCGCCACGAGCAUGGAAUCUUUCGGGACGGAUCGAAGCGAGAGAAUCGCGGGAAGAUUGGAGCGCGGGAACGGCGUGGAUUACGAUACUAUGGCGACCACUGUGAAGGGUCGCGAUCCAGUGCCGUUCGAUGUCGAACAGGCGUCGGGUAAUAUGAUAAAAAGCGACACAGAGUUGUCCGAGCCGUGGGCCCAGGCCAGUCUGUCGGAUCGUUCGUUCCCGAACGACGAGAAGGUAGAGCAAUGGGAGAGCCAGCUCUCCCAAGACACGUCGCCCGGCUCCGGUAACGGUGACAUUUAUACUAAGAACGGUAGCUCACGGCAUGAUUUGAACAGCGACACUGAUAGUGACGGUUCACCAAGAUCGAGGAGAAGAUCUCCGAGCAAGAGGUGUACAUUGGGCAGUUCCAGCGGGUCUGAUGUAGCACUGCACGAAGGUGCGGAGCUGUCCCCGUUGGAGGACGACCAAGGUACCGCACUCACAGCUAACCUUCUAAAAUCUGACUUUUUGCAACUUAGCGAGCCAUCCUACAUGGAAACGACAACGACAGAAGAGGACCCUGAAACUCAGGAAAGAAUAACGAGAACUGUUCAAGUAAUUACAACAACGAGCGGAACCGCCAGUGGUCCAGACGAAUUGCGAGAGUCCAUGCAAAAGAUCGUCGAUAGAUUCAUGGAGGAAAGGCGAGAUCAGUGAAGCAUGAAGGUCUCAUGGGCGAUUAUAAAAAUAGAGAGAAUUGAAUUCUUCGCCAUUUAAUAAUCGUGCAUAAUAGAGAGAGAGAGAGAGAGAGAGAGAGAGAGAGAGAGAGAGAGAGAGAGAGAGAGAGAGAGAGAGAGAAGAAAAAAUAUUUAAAUAUAAAUUCUCUAGUACUAUAAUUGAAUGGAAGCAUCUAUCUAAUUUGGCGUAUCCUCGAACGUCAAAUGAGAUUAUCUUUUAGAAAAUUAAAACAGAAGUAUAGAAAAAAAAAAAAAA